UGGAAUCUAAUUAAUUACUUGGUGACCCUGUGAAUUUAUUUACCACCAGUUACUUAAUCAUCCAGUUUUCGAAUACAUCGUCAUGAAGGAUGAAGUAAUUUCCAUGGGAACUGUUGAUUAUUGGAAAAUCACUUUCAUCUCUCUUCAAGGGAAAGAAUUUUAAUUAACAAUCAGCUGAUGACAAGAGAAAGAAAACGAAAAAGUGAAAAGAAAAAAUAAAAAUUCUAUUUAUGGAAAAUCAAGUGAUCGUUUUCAAAGUGAUGCCUUUUCAUUUCCAUUCACAAGUUGGGCCUGAGAAAUUUACCUAUGGAAAAUUGAUUGUCCUUACAAUUAACACUUUGAUUUCAUAAAUUGCUGAUUAAUUAGGCGAUGUUAGCGAUUUGAGGGAUUUAAGUUUUGCGCAAAGUUCAUCAACUGAAUCAACCUAAGAAUCAGUUACUUAGCAACUGAAUCUGGUUGAUUUCCAAUGUAAAGUUUAUAUUUAAACACCAGUUGUGAGUAAUUUAGAGUAACCAAAAUAUUGUCUCUUUUUGUUGUUGAUAAUUUUUGUUCCCUCAGGGCUUUUGACGUUGAUAAUUGUGGUUUUAUCUGUUUACUUUGUGAAAUUUUUUCCGAUCAUUGGAGAAAAGAGUGAACAAAAAAGCGAUGCCAUCAACUGAUGAUUAUUUACUUCUUUUACCUAAUCGAUUUAGAGAGAGACAAUUUCUUCACAAAGUUGCUGCUACUCUUUUCGUUUGUGUCAUUUUUUUCUCAGUCUCUUUCUUUGUCUCUUCAUAUUUUCAAUCAAAAUACACAAAACCCUCAAUUUUAUCUUGUAAAAAACCCGAUUAUGAUUACGAUUUAUUGGCCGUUCGUUGGACACCAACUUUCUGCUCUUAUCAAAAAUGUAUCAACUCAACUGAAGAUUGGGAUAUUCACGGUCUUUGGCCUAGUUGGAAAAAUAAAUCACAAGGGCCACAAUUUUGCUGCCGAUCUUGGGGAUUCAGUCAAACUGAAAUAACAUCACUAAUCUCAGAAUUAAAUGAGCAAUGGCCUAAUCAAAAACAGAAUCAAUCUCUUGAUAGUUUAUGGAAACACGAAUGGACUAAACAUGGUACAUGUUCAAAUGUCGCUCGUUCUGGUGGUAUGAUCGCUUAUUUCAACACAACAUUGUCUUUGUUUGCUAAAUAUCCACUCGAAAAAUGGCUUAACAAUAGCGGGAUCAUACCAACACCAAUAGAAGAUAAAUUUGCUUAUGAUAUUGAUAAAAUUCACCAAACCAUUGAAAAUAAUCUUGGUGAUAAAACGAUUACAAUCCAAUGUAAACAAUCAAAAUCAAUUCCAUUAUUGGAUACAAUCUACUUGUGUUUCCAUCCAUCAACCAUGGAUUUGGUCAAUUGUCCGCCCGAUCGCUGUAAAGGAGCAAAAAAGGUCAUUCUACCGAAAAGUCGAUAAUAAUAAGAUAAAUUUUGUAUUGUUUUCGCAUUUAAUAAGGGGAUUGAUUGUUAACUUUUAAUUCACUGUUUUAAUCAAUUAUUCGCAACAGAAUUAUUUUCAACUAAUCCAAUUCACCUAAUCCAUCACCAAACAGAACAAUGAUCGUUUAUAUCAUUUGUGAUUUACUCAAAUCAACUAAUCACAUUGUAUUAAAUUGAUUAAUCUGAA